AUGAUAAGUUCGACGCCUCGGGGAGUUGGGUUCUCCAGAAUUCGGUUGGGCAUUUGGAGGACGGGGCGUUUGGAGAUGAAUUUUUUCUGGGGAUCAAAGAGUUAUGUAAUGGGUUGAGACGAAAUUAAUGUUUGGAGAUUGGGGGUUGACUUCAGCGUCUGUAUUUAUUCAUCUUUCAGUCUGGGUAAACCGAGGAAGUGGGUAAAUCGACUCGAACUUGGAAAUAAUCGAGACUUUAGCCGAAUUUUUUUUGUCUGCCCGACUCUCCUCAUUUUCAUAGUCUGUCGUCUGAAAAUGAAUAUCUCCGCUUGCUAACGCUUUCAGUAUCGGCUAAAUUUUCAACAUUUUUUCUCCAAUACUUACGUUAUUAUGCUAUAUUUUUGAAGGAAGUCUAAUAAGAUGCACUUUGAACAGGUCUACAGAUUAUAUUAAUUUUUCAAGUUUCAAUCUUUUAUCAGAUAUCAGCACUGUUUCCCCCCUUGUUUCAGCUCUUUCCUCCUCCUUUCUCGAGUUCAACCCGAUCAUCUCAAGAACCUCAAAUUCCCCUCCAAAAAAACUAUUGAAUCGUUUUUUGUACUUCCAUUCUGUACGCAUCAAAGUUGUGUAGGGGACAAGGAGCGGGGAAUCCAAUUGUUUUAAUGGGCAAUGUUUGAUCGUCACAUUCCAUUCGACAUUUUUCGAAAUGGCUGCGCGGCCAAGAGGCUUAGAAAAACCUCCGUUCUCAAUUUCCAAUUUCUUUGCGAUUACAUGGACAUCUUCGGUUUUUGGUCAAGCUUUUUUGGCCACUGGUCAAGUGUUUUUAGGAACGGAUAAAAACAUUUUUAUAGAGUGGGUCCCCGAGGGCUCGUAUAUGAAAUUUCACUGCUUCCGGGUAAUGAAUUUUGAUUUUUUUUUAUUAAAAUUUUAAAUUGUUCGUAACAUUACGGUUGCUUUGGUGAAAAAUUCUAAGUGGUCAUUUAUAGUAACUAGAGUUGUUGCAUUUUUAAACCUUUGCCCUUAAAUUUAACCACAUUAAUCCCCAAUUAGCAACCGCCCCGUUCUCGAUGACGCCGAGUUUGUGCUCAUUUUCCGGCUGUUCGCCGUCACUUCCGCCGCCGCGAACGCAUCGUGCAUUCUCAAUUGGAUCUCGGUUGUUUUUUAGAUUCAUUAAGUUCCCCGGCCCCAUUCUGACAUUAUCCUGUGAUGCCCAGAAAGAGAUCCGCAGUAUUAAAACCACUCUGCAUACUCUUGCCCUCGCCUUAUUUGUGAUCAUGACCCUGAUCCUACCGAGUACGACGCCAACUCCGACCAGUUCCACUUUGUUUUACGACCCUCUGGUGCCGAGUAUAUUAAGCCCACCCGGGCUGAGGCCCUUCGACGAUCAAGAUUUGUUGGCUGUUACGCGCUGUGCGAGAGAGGCAAGAAGUAAGGUGAACUUUGCGAGGGAGAACAUCUUGAGGACAGAGCCCGGUGAUACCGAUGAGAUACUGUUGAGCAGGCUGCCAUUGUAUCAGAACAGGUAAGGAGGAAAAUUUGUGGCCGAAUUCCUGCCCGAUAUAUAUCAUUUUAAGAGAAGGUGAAAGAAUUUCGAAGCGCAAGAUCAGAGGAAUUUUCACAAAUUGGGAUUAGAAGGCUGUAGAUGAACAUUUUUAACUGGAAAUUUUUGGAGACUAUCAAUAUUUUUGGUCAAAAAGUGCCUGAUUUUAUGCGCUUUUAGCCAGAAAAGCAAAACUUAGUGCAAAUUUUGGAUAGCGGUAUCUUCACAGAACAUCAAAUUUACAAAAUGACUAUCCGAAUUUUGCCCAAAAGAUAUUUUAACUGACUGUUUCUCCGAAAUUUUCAUAGUCUCUCCCUUGCAAGGCCUACUGAGCCAGAUAGAAUCUUGUGUGAACAUAAAAAUUUCAGUGAUUGAUUACAAAAAUGUUUCUCUAAAUUAAAUUACGUUAUUUUAUUUUUAUUUAUUUGUAGGAUAGAGCACCCCUACAAACAAGGCGCAAUAUACUGUCGAUCUGGCGGUUGGAUCGAAAUUCUGGAUGAGCGGGAUAACGAGGGAUCCAGUAAUAAGAACGCCACGGCACAACAUGAGUGGGUACGUGGGACAAAACGGGAGACCAGCCGAUUUGGUAAGCAUCUAUCUGCUAUCAAAUCAUAUAUGUUUGAUGAUAUAAUGCAUAAUCUCUUUCUUCAGCAAUCUUGGAGUUCCUUUCGAUAGCUUUUGGUCUGAUAAGCAUCCGCGGUUUGGAGUCGCAGAACUUUCUCUGCAUGGAUUGGAAAGGCUCUCUGUACGCGGCAAACGCGGAACAUUACAAUGCCGAUUGUGUUUUCAUGGAAGAGAUGCUGGAGAACUAUUACAAUCUGUAUUCAUCAUGCAAUCAUGGCUCUCCCCGACAUCCCUGGUACCUUUCGAUACGCAAAUCGGGCAAGCCUCGACGUGGAUCGCAUGCGCGCAAACGCCAGAGGUCUUCGCAUUUUAUUGUGGUGCAUUUUGAUGAGACCGGAUUGCUGGAUCCAGUGCCAAAUCAUCUGAAUCGAGCUGCUUAUCGGAUCCAGACCACUUGGAUGAAUCACUAUGGGAAUAAUUGGAGAAGAUCUUCCACUAGACAUCGAGCCUGGGCUCCCGCAACUCUUCUUAAUUCGGACUCAAAAAGCCUCUCGGAUAUUCUGGCCAACUCGAUGAGAAAUAAAAUGAUUGUAAAUACGAAGAAAACGAAGAAUAACAAUACAAAGUUGGCUAAGGAAAAGGUGGAAAGAAAGAGGGCACAGAAAUUGAAGGAAACGAAAGAAACAACGCCAAUGAAUGAAGUGGAAAGAAGAGUGUUCAGACAGGAGAGAAAGAGGAGAAGAAGAUUGCAUCGAGAGGAAAGGUUGAGGGAGUUGAGAAGACAGAAACUUCAGAUUCUGAGGGAUGAAGCAGCAUCGUUUAGUAAUCGAAGGAAUUGA